CCAUCAUGCACCGGUGGAUUUACACAAGGGUCAGAUGAUGGGGUUUAUAUAUUGAUGUCAGUGGUUUAUACCCUGCAAGGGGCUUUAGGAAGUAGUGCGCCACGAUUAUAUAUUAGGUAAUAAUUUAUCAAGUGAUUGUACUGUUUCUUUGUAUAUAUUGUAUAGCGAAAUGCUAGGGUCUUGUACAUUGAUUCAGAGGUUUAGAAGUAAAAUAUUUCUGCGGUGUCAGAAAACAAACCUGAGCCUGAAGACGUUUAGGGGAGUCGUGCAUUGGGAGGUUUGCUCCCCAACCCCCUUGCAAGGGGGAGUUAGGGGGAGGCGCAGUCCACUCUGAGGCCCGUCCGUCUUCACCUCGUUUGGCAACCAUGGCGACGAGCGAGGUGGGAGGUGAAGGGGAAGCAGAGAUCGUCAUGGUGACGGUGGAGGAAACUCCAAACAGCACCGACUCCGCGGAGGAUUCGAGUGCCGCCAUGAUGGUUCAAUUCAAGCAGGAUCACGCUGGUGCCGCUCAAACAGAUGACAACAUUGAGUCCGUGUACUCUGCCAACACACUGGUGGAGAAGAUGGCCAAUUCUGGAGAUGUGACGGAAGAGAAGGGGAUGGAGGAGGUAGAGGAGGAGGAGGAAGAGGUGGACGAUGGGGAAGGAACAAACCUGGCAUAUCCCAUCACGUGUGGAGACAACAAGGCAACCCUGCUCUUGAAGAAGUUUGUCUGCCCUGGCAUCAACGUCCCAUGUGUUAAGUUUAACACCGGACUGAUCAGCCCAAAGGAGUUUGUGAACAUGGCUGGAAAGUCGACCCUGAAGGACUGGAAGAGAGCCAUUCGCAUGCGUGGGGUCAUGUUGAGAAAGGUGAUGGACUCGGGGGAGCUGGACUUCUACCAGCACGACAAGGUGUGCACCAGCACUUGCCGAAGCACCAAGUUCGACAUCCUCAUCAACAAUGUGCGCUUACCCAUCAUCGGCACGCAGGGCGAGUACUCGAUGGUUGGAACCCCUUCCGACGUGAAUGGCGCACAGGUGUGCGGGGGUGCUGAGGAGGCGGCCAAAGAUGCCAGCGAGCUGGUGUCCACUCCGUCCACCUCCUUCCUACCCUCGACGCCGUGCACCGAUAGCGCGCGCGCCAAGGACGCGAGUGAACUUCCAGGUGACAAAGACGAGGUCUUUUCGCUGUGGAAGGGGAUCGCUGAUGUGGGGCUGCUCGGGGAGGUUGUGAACGAGGUGCAGCAGGAGAUCCAGGACACGCUCAAGGCCCUGCGCCAGCGGAUACAGCUCUCCCCCCUGCAGAUGAGUGAUGCAACGACGCUGAACGGCGUGGUCCAACACUUUGGCCUCAUGGAUAAUGUUAAGAAGAUUCUGGGCAACCACAAGUCCCAGAUGGGUCGAUACCGCGACCAGUAUACACGGGACCUGGCAGAGCUGGAGCGGCAGUGCGACGAUCAGCGCCGGCGCAGCAUCGAGCAAAAGCAGCGCCAGCAGCUGACCACGCUCUCCCCGUCGGCCAUCGCCAUCUCCCCGCCGCCGGCCAAGCGGCCCCGUGCACAGCGCGCCUCGGCCUCCGUGCCCACCAUGGCCACCAUCCCCGGCCUUACUACCAUCCCCAUGGCCAAGCUGCCCACGCUCGCCACCAUCCCGGUGGCCGGCGUUGGCGGCAAGCAGCAGCCGGCGUUCGCCGCGGGGACUACCACGGCGACGUAUGGCACCAUGGCUGGGACGCCAGGUGGCCUCACUGUCAUCGGCUCGCAGGCCAUCAUCUCCACCGCGUCCGGGCUCAAGGUGCUGAGCCCCGUGCAGUUUGUGUCGGCGCAGGGGGGCGAUGGCGGGGGUGGCGGCAUUGUGAGCGCCGCCGGGCUGGGAGCAAUGUUGCAGGGCGCUCAGGUGGUAUCGGGACCCGGCACCAUGGUCACGCUGCAGCCCGUCCCAGAGGCCACCGUCGCGGCAAUGGUCUCUGCGGCAGCGGCGUCCACGGCGGUGCCCGGAGCGCUGCCGGUCCAGGCCGCCCCGGCUGCAGUUCCCAUGGAGGGGGAACAGGCGGCGAGCGAUGUGGGAGCAAGCGUGGCGCCGUGAGGGUAGUGUGCGUGUGAGCGCUGGCGACCGCCUUGGGACAGACGUGUGGAACAAAGUAGAAGCCCCCGAACAUCCACUGCGGCAGUUGCUGUUAUUGUUGCAGAGACUGUUUUAAAAGGUCAAAAGUGCAGUGUCAUGGGACCUCACAGACUGGUUUAGUUACAAACCCCAAGGAAGACUUGUGCAUCUACUAUUUCCAUUUUCUCAACAUUUAAAUGUUAUUAGAUCAGGCAGAUAGGAUGCAAUUUUUACUAACAAUUAAAUUAACUAAACACCCCACCUGCUUUUUUAUUUUAUAUUAUGCAAAUACAGUAAGCAGACAUUUCCAGCUGCUUGUUGCUGAAGAUCUUGCUGUGUCUGGGAAUGUUGUGAACUCCUUUGUUUGCGAGUGCAUCUUGAUGACCCGGCCUCCAAGAGGGAAGUGGCAUCAUCUCCUGGCAGUGCUGUUUUACCGUGGAGAGCACAGAGUUAUAUACAUGUGUUGGGUCUUUGGGCCUGUGUACAUACUUGGACAGUUGUGAAAAUGGAUCUCUUACCAUUUUUAGUUUGCUACAUUUAGAGAUUAACAUUCUAUGAUACGUUCAUGGUGAUGUCGAUUUUUACGUGCCAGUUCUUUAACAUUUAUUGCAGAAACUCCUUUCUCAAACUGACAUUGUAGGUGGAUUGCAGAUACAAUUGGAUGAUUAAAAAUGUAGAAUUUCAUCCACUUGUAUCGUUAAAAGUUCAUGGUGUUAUGCACCAUGUUUUGUAGCUUUUUACUGGAACUGUAGAAAAUAAUAGUAUUGGAAAUUGUUUAACAUGUACUUUUGUUGAAAUGUAAACUCUGCAAAAUGAGCUGUUAAUGUAACAGUAAUGUAUAAAUUAAGCGCGAGCUGAGUGUCCAGUUAGUCCUGAAAUAAGUGCUAAAUUCUGUCGAUUUGUGUUAUUUACUACUAUAAUGAGCCAAGAAUGUCUGUCUCGCUCGUGACGUCACUCCACGUAGGCCAGCCCCCCUCAUUAAUACUCAUGAACAGGUGACGUCCUCCACAUGGACCCCCCCUCC